GCUGGGGGAACCAGAACACUAGAAGCGGGGCCCCGCUCCAGAGAGCUCGGCGACCGUGGCCACGCCUAGAGGAGAACUGGGCAGAGAGAUGUCGAUGCGUCCAUCCUAGGCCAGCCGGAGCUUCCUGUGCCCUGUUUAUUGGCGUUUUUUCUGGGACUGCAUAAAGUCCGGACCGGACGCGAAGUCGUCUCUCCUGACUCCAAGUGAAAAUGCCUCGUGUGAAAACAUCACAAUCUGCAAAAAAAGGUCAUACACGCAGAAAGCUGGCAGAACAGUUUGCAGUAGGGGAAGUUUUCAUUGAUGUGACCAAAAAGGAAUGGAAAGUAGGACAGCCCAUUGGCCAAGGUGGUUUUGGUUGCAUAUAUCUUGCUGAUACCAAUUCUUCAAAAUCAGUUGGCAGUGAUGCCCCCUGUGUUAUAAAAGUGGAACCAAGCGAUAAUGGACCUCUUUUUACAGAAUUAAAGUUCUACCAGAGAGCUGCGAAACCAGAGCUAAUUCAAAAGUGGAUUCGUUCCCAUAAACUGAAGUACCUGGGUGUUCCUAAAUAUUGGGGUACUGGAUUACAUGACAAAAAUGGAAACAGUUACAGGUUUAUGGUAAUGGAUCGCUUUGGGAGUGAUCUUCAGAAGUUGUAUGAAGCUAAUGCCAAAAGAUUUUCGCGGAAAAGUGUUUUGCUGCUAAGCUUAAGAAUACUGGAUAUUCUGGAAUAUAUCCAUGAGCAUGAAUAUGUACAUGGAGAUAUCAAAGCCUCAAAUCUUCUUCUGAGCUACAAGAAUCCUGACCAGGUAUAUUUAGUAGAUUAUGGCCUCGCUUACCGAUAUUGUCCAGACGGAGUUCAUAAAGAAUACAGAGAAGACCCUAAAAGGUGUCAUGAUGGAACCAUUGAGUAUACAAGUAUUGAUGCGCAUAAGGGUGUGGCACCAUCAAGACGGGGUGACUUGGAAAUAUUAGGUUACUGCAUGAUCCAGUGGCUCAGUGGCCAUCUCCCUUGGGAAGACAAUUUGAAAGAUCCUAACUAUGUCAGAGAUUCCAAAAUCAGCUACCGAGAAAAUAUUGCAAAUUUGAUGGACAAGUGUUUUCCUGAGAAAAAUAAGCCAGAUGAAAUUGCUAAGUAUAUGGAAGAAGUGAAAUUAUUGGGCUACGCAGAAAAACCUCAUUAUCAGAAUUUACGAGAAAUUCUUUUGCAAGGGCUAAAGGCUACAGGAAAUAAGGAUGAUGGCAAACUGGACUUGUGCAUCUUGGAAAAUGGAGAUUUGCUAACAAAAAUAGGACUAAAGAAGCGAAAGAAAGAGAUGGAGGAAAGCAUAGAAUCAGGUGCUGAAGAUAUGGAAAUCUCACAUCAAAAUAUAUUGGAGGGACCUCAAACUCGUUCAAGAACCAGAAAGAGAGUCCUGAAAUAGAAUGAAUACAAUAAGCCCAUAUAAAGAAUUUGCUUCAUUUCUCCUUUUUUCAAUAAUGCUUCUUUUCUCCUUU